GCCGCGGCGGGGGCGAUGGGGCGACGGAAGACCACGGCGGCGGCGCCAGGGGCGGCCGCGCCCGCUCGGGGCUCGUCCAGGGCUGCGGACGGCGUCAUAUCAGAAAUCCGGGAGAAACAUAAACUGGAAUUGGAGAAUUUGACUCUAACAAAGCACCCAUUCAGGACAUUGCAUUUUUUCAUGCUAGCUAUGUUGCAAUACUUGAAAAGAUUAGCAACAUAUAUCCUGAGUAAACGUGCUUUGUUUGCUGUCCUAAUUGUUUUGGUGGUGAUUCCUGGGGUUACACUUCUGGUUACAGAUGGUCUACACAAAAAGCACGUGCAGGAGUUCCUUAAUUAUGCUAGAUUUGUGCUAUGGUGGGUUUCAUUAGGUGUUGCCUCGUCAAUCGGACUAGGUUCAGGUUUGCAUACAUUUGUGCUAUAUCUUGGGCCCCAUAUUGCUCUCUUCACUAUUAAGGCUGUUCAAUGUGGUCGGAUUGAUCUGAAGACUGCUCCAUAUGAUACCAUACUGCUUAAACAGGCACCAUCAUGGCUUGACAAAAAAUGUUCGGAAUUUGGAUCGCCAAUGUACCCUGCAACAGAUCAUUCAGUGACGAUCCCGGUCUUCGAUUUACUCCCUCAGGUUCAGUUGGAAGCUGUUCUUUGGGGUAUCGGGACAGCACUUGGCGAGCUCCCUCCUUAUUUUAUAUCACGAGCUGCUCGUUUGUCAGGAAGUGAGUUAGAAGCUGUCAAGGAGCUGGAUGUUGCUCCUUCGACAGAAGAUGGUCCAGUUGCAUCCAAUGUGAAUCGUACAAAACGCUGGCUUCUUUCUCACUCUCAGCAUCUCAACUUCUUCACUAUCUUGAUACUUGCUUCGGUUCCAAACCCGCUGUUUGACCUUGCUGGUAUUAUGUGUGGUCAAUUUGGCAUACCCUUCUGGGAGUUCUUCUUUGCAACUUUGAUUGGGAAGGCCAUAAUCAAGACUCAUAUCCAGACACUGUUCAUCAUCUCGUUAUGCAACAACCAACUCUUGUAUCUUAUGGAAAAGGAAUUAAUCUGGAUAUUCGGCCACAUUCCUGGGUUUUCUGCCAACUUGCCAUCUGUGAUUGCCAAACUCCACAGUGCCAAGGAGAAGUAUUUAUCACCACCGGCGUCAGGUUCACCAUCCUCACAAAUUGAGGAUAAACAGUGGAAUUUCUCUUUUGCAUUUAUCUGGAACAGUGUAGUAUGGCUGGUGCUUAUGAAUUUCUUCAUUAAGAUCGUCACAUCAACAGCUCAGGAUUACCGCAAAAGGCAGCAGGACGUAGAGAUGGAGCUCAUUACCGAUUCCUCGUCCCUGAGCCAUUCUAAAACAAACUAACGUCGAAAGUUGUUGUAUUUAUUCAGCUCCAAGUUGCAAAUAUUCUCCUCGGUAGCCUUAACGCCUGGCUCUAAGCCCUAUGCAGAUGGUACCAGCGCUGGUAGAAGUUGUAUUCUUCUGUACAUUGAACAUAAACAUGGGCCUCUCUAACCUGCCUCAAGUGAUGGCUGCAACCUUUUGUCAUUGCGCCUCUAUUGGCAGUUCGUCGAGGAGAAGCAAUCCUUUUGUUUUCAGGCUCCAACUUGGAUGAACUUUAGGGACUGUUUGUUUAGCACGAUUGAAUUACAAAGAUGUAUUACUGGUUAUUUUGGGAAUACGGUAGCCAAUAGGGCACCUGAGAGAGUACUCGACAGUGAUAUGUUUUGUUGUUACAUUCAGUUUUCAAUUGCAUAUUCGCAACUGGAGUCAGCUAGAUCUAAUGGAAGACUACAACUAUGUUUUCUCCCUUGCUAAUAAAGCUACUUUUGUGAAGCAUGCUGUUAAUGCUGAUC